AUGGUUCAUUACAAACUGACCUACUUCGACGGACGCGGUCUAGGCGAAUGUGCACGACAAUUAUUCGCUUUGGCUGACCAGAAAUAUGAAGAUAUUCGUGUCACUCAUGAGACUUUCCCAGCGCUGAAACCUAAGCUGCCAUUUGGACAAUUACCUUUGCUUGAUGAGGAUGGAAAAGAACUGGCACAGUCAAACGCUAUUAAUCGCUAUCUUGCCAAAAAGUUUGGAUUCGCGGGCAAAACGCCAUUUGAAGAGGCGCUUGUAGACUCACUGGCGGACCAGUACUCUGACUAUCGCAUCGAAAUUAAGCCAUUUGUCUAUACUGCUUAUGGGUUUGAAAAAAAAGGAGAUCUUGUAAGAUUUGCGCCUAUCAGCUUAUAAUA